GCGCUUCUGCGGUUCUCCUCGGAUUUUGUGGCAGUGAGCUCAUUCAUUCGCAGCUGAGAAGUGAUUGGGCCAGCACCUGGAAUUUCCUCUCCAAAUGCCUGGGCCCAAAGGUAGUGAAAUGGGUGAAGUGUCUGUGAUGCUAGUGUACGACAUAGCCAGUGAGAUUGGGAAAGAGUGCGAGAAGCUGAUUGAUAAGUUCGGAUCAGACGCAGUUGCGACUCUGAUUCCGCAGGUCAUCAAUGCCCUGGAGCUUCUCGAGGCGUUGGCGAAUCGCAAUGAGUCAGAAAAUUCCACAGUGCAGGAGUUAAAUGACCGUAUCACGCAACUGGAGACGGAAAAGCUUGAGAAAGCCGAGUACAGGAAGCGCUUCGAGAAGGAACUCGAGACUAUUGAGGAGCAAUGGAGAAAUGAAUCGAGAGACCUUGUGGCCCUCGUUAGUCGUCUGCAGGAUGAGAACAAGCGCUUGGCUACACAAUUGCAGUCUGGAGUGGACCCAGACAGUGGUGUUGAGCUGCAGAUGGAUUCAACAGGAAGCCAAGAUGGUGAUUUUCAGCUGCUGCAGCGCUUGAGGAGUCAAGUGGACAAGCAGCGGAAUGAAUUGAUGCGCAAAGAUAUGGAGCUGGAGGAGAAAGUGUCGGACAUUGAAAGUCUCAAUGUUCAAAUGGAGCGUUUGAAGACGUCAGGCAGAGAGACACGACGACGACAGAAGGUGGUGCAACGGCAGGUGAGGACACUGUGCGAAGAACGGGCAGACUUUCUUGCACAGCUGCAGGAUCAGCAUCGAGAGAUUGUGUCACUGAGACGGAGACUUGGUCUGGCGGAGAAGGAGAAUGAGGACUUGGUGAAGACACAGGAGGAAGAGCCCCUGAAGCGCUACACCACGACUGAACUGAAAGAGCUCAUGGCGGAGCGAGAUGAUUUGAGGGUGAAAAUCAACGAUUUGGAGGAGGAACUGAAACUCUAUAGGCCAAAUACUCUUGAACAGAAGGAGCCAGCAAAGAGUGAAUCGUCAUCGGAGGAGGAUCCACCUGUUCAGGGGCCACUUCCUUUUGAGCCCGAUGAUGCACCGUGGAAAAAGUCCAGUGAAUCCGGGAUAAGAAAAUUUUUUCGCAAAUUGUUCUCUGAUCCUGAUGACACUUCUACAAGUUUUCCUCGACGCUCUCUAUCCACUUUGUCGAAGAUGGCACUAUCGGCUGGACCACACUGUGACAUACCCUUCUAAAUGCAUC